ACAGCUAUCCAACAUGGCUGAAACUGUCAGGGAGCCGGUGCACUUCGACCAGAGUAUCGACGAAAAUGAGAUAGAAUCGGCUGGGAUUGAAGCCCUGAAAACAGUGCGACCACAAUGGGAUCCGACAAAUAUAAAAGCAAAGGUUUUAAGUGGUGGAAUUACCAACAAGUUAGUUUGCUUCUACGAAGAUGGAAAGUUUGGUGAAGACACCAUCGUUAUCAGAGUUUAUGGACAAAAAACUGAUUUGAUCAUUGACCGAGAUUCGGAGAAGAAAAACAUGGUUGUCCUAUCAAAGAAAGACAUCUGUCCACCAUUGUAUGCAAUCUUCAACAACGCGCUGAUGUAUGGAUUCGCUUCUGGAAUGGUCCUGGAUGAGAAGACGGUCAGGGACAGUCAUAUAGGACUGUUAAUUACAAGAGCACUAGUUAAACUACAGUUGGCGAAAUCCCCUGAGGAAUCCAGUGGAUCAAAGCCGAAGAGUGAACUGUUUGAUAGACUUGAUGAUUGGCUGCAGAAAAUGCCAGAAAAUUUUGAUGAUCCAGUGAAACAAGAAAAAUUUUCUAAGCAUAUAAAGCCCCGGUCAGUACUGGAGAGUGAAUUAGCCACUCUGAAGGAGCACCUGGGAGCCAUGGAGUGUCCUAUUGUUUAUGCACACAAUGACCUUCUGGUCGGAAAUAUCAUAUACAACGAAAAAUCAGACAAAGUGACCUUCAUAGACCACGAGUAUGGGAUGUUCAACUACCAGCCGUUUGACAUCGGAAAUCACUUCUGUGAAUUUGCAGGGUUAGAUGAAGUGGAUUACAACCUAUACCCAGACAAGGAGUUCCAGAUGGGAUGGCUGAGAACCUAUUUAAAGGAGUGGAACAAGGCGAACGGCAAAUCAGCCGAUAUACUACAGGCAGAAGUAGAAACACUAUAUGUUUACGUCAAUAAAUGUGCCUUGACUGCUCAUUUCUUCUGGGGAGUAUGGGCCCUUAUACAAGCCAAGUACUCCACCAUUGACUUUGAUUACCUUGAGUAUGGUGUUAUAAGAUUUGGUGAAUACUUCAGACGAAAAGAAGAAUUUCUGUCUUUACAAGUACCUAGCAAAUAAAUUACCCUGAAGGUAGGCUUUCUUUGCUGACAUCGGAUGUGAAUUUCUCUGUUUUGCAGAAUAGCUUGAUGGAUUUGUUGAGAGGCUUUGGGACGGAAUGCUGAUGUAGUGCCUAAAGUGUUCAAAACGGACAUUUGAAGGAGACAUGACAUUUUAUAACAAGAUAUUCGUAUUCACUGUAUUUUCAAAUCUAUAUUUUUAUUUGACACAAAAUUAUUUUUAUGAAUUAUAUUGUGUAUGGAGACAGGAACAUUUUUAAAAUUUUGUGCUUGGUGCAGGACUUGUUUUAUAUUUUAGACUCGUAUUGAGGGUACACUCGCAUAAGCCAUCUUCUGGUGAAGGAAAGUGAUAUAAAUGUCAAAACAGAUUUUUGUUUUAAAAUUGAUAUGAUAUUGCUUAGGGUAAGUCCAACAUUCAGGUUGUGCUUACAAUUAUACUCAGGUUUUAGAAUUACUUAAAUUUUCCAAAGGGUACACUACAAAUAUAUUUUAGUUAAAAUACCAAAACCUAUGGGACCAAGGCAUACGGAUGGAGAAAAACUAAUGCUGAGCUCAAAAUGAUCCCAUGCCAAGAAAAUAUCCGCUAAUUGCUUAUAAAUAUAUAUAUAUAUGAAAUUGUAUAAAGAAAAUAUAAACAUUUCAAAAACUAUCUUCGAGAAAUAAUACCGUGGUUUAUAAUAUUUACAUAUUUAUAAAAUGUUAAUAGAUUUAUUGUUGCAAUAAAAUAAUAAA